GGAGGCGGGGAGUCCGGGGGGUUGGCUCCUCCUCCUUCUCCUCCUCCUCCUCCGCCCGUAGCCUCGGCGGGGUGGUCGCAACGCUGCCCCCACCCUGAGCCUGAGGCUGAGUCUCAGCACCUGCCACCAGCUUCGGCUCAGCCCCCGGCCAGCCCUCCUCCUCCUCCUCUGGUUGCAGUGGCUUGGGGAGGAGGAGGAAGAGACAGAGCAAGAAAAAGGAGGCGGGAGCUGGAGCAGCCGGGCCAGGGGGUGGCCUGGCUCUGGAACCUGUCUGGUGGCCGGUGCUCCCCCUCCGCGGAGCCGAGCCCAGGGCGGUGUCUCUUCUGCAGGUAAAUGGAAGAUCUGGAGAACAAUUUAUUACAGACAAGAAAAGCACAUAGAAUAGAACAAAUGGUAGCAAAAUGGCUCAGACGAUCCCGGGAUAAUUCACCCAGGCGAAGGAUUUCCUUACCAGAUAAUUCCUCUGGGUGCCUUACCCAAACACUGGCCUCUGUGAAGCAUACAGUAAAGAUAGACAGAGAUGUGUUCCUGGGGGACUAUGGAUUUCACAUUUCACAGAGCCUUCCUCUGAGUAUCUCCUCAGUUAUCACAGGAAGCACGGCUGACGGGAAACUUCUGCCAGGUGAUCAGAUCCUCCGAAUGAACAAUCAGUCCGUGGACGACCUUUCCUAUGAACAAGCACUUGAUAUUUUAAGGGAAACAGAAGAUUCUCUUUCCGUCACUGUUGCUCGAUGUACCUCGGGUGUCCCUAAGUCCUCCUUUCUAACUGAAGAGAAGAGAGCCAGGCUAAAGACCAAUCCUGUUAAGGUGCACUUUGCUGAAGAAGUACUCGUGAAUGGUCAUUCUCAGGGGAAUGCUCUGCUAUGUAUGCCCAAUGUUCUCAAGGUAUACUUGGAGAAUGGACAGACCAAAGCUUUCAAAUUUGAGAAAAACACAACUGUGAAGGACAUCAUCCUCACUGUGAAGGAGAAGCUGUCCAUCCAUAGCAUUGACCACUUUGCUCUUGCUCUGGAGGAGCAAUAUAAUAUCUCCAAGUUGCACCUUCUCCAUGAAGAUGAAUUCAUUGAGCAGGUGGUACAAAGAAAAGAGUCACAUGACUAUAGAUGCCUUUUUAGACUGUGUUUUGUCCCAAAGGAUCCAUUGGAUCUCCUGAAAGAAGAUCCGGUUGCCUUUGAAUAUCUCUAUUUGCAGAGCUGCAGUGACGUGCUCCAGGAAAGGUUCGCAGUUGAAAUGAAAUGCAGCUCUGCCUUACGACUAGCAGCAUUACACAUUCAAGAACGGAUUUAUGCUUGUGCCCAGCCACAGAAGAUCUCUUUGAAAUACAUAGAGAAAGACUGGGGAAUAGAGAAUUUUAUAUCUCCAACUUUGCUCCGGAACAUGCGAGGCAAAGAUAUAAAAAAAGCCAUUAGCUUCCAUAUGAAGAGGAAUCAGAGCUUACUGGAGCCCAGGCAAAAGCAACUUAUAUCCGCUGCACAGCUGCGUCUGAACUAUCUACAAAUCCUUGGAGAACUGAAAACGUAUGGCGGGAAAAUCUUUAAUGCCACAUUAAUGUUACAGGAUAGGGAAUCAUACAUCGCCCUUCUAGUUGGAGCCAAGUAUGGAAUCAGCCAGAUUAUUAACAGUAAACUCAACAUUAUGUCAACACUGGCAGAGUUUGGAAAUAUUAGCCGAGUAGAACUGAUGGAAGAGUCGGAGAAAGUGAGCAUGGUCAAAAUUUAUCUUCAGGAUGUCAAGGUAACUAAGCUUCUCACUCUGUUGCUGGAAUCUAAUAGUGCUAAAGACCUUGCCUGCCUCAUUGCUGGCUACUACAGACUGUUUGUUGACUCAACUGCCUCCAUAUUCCUCUGUGGUAGAAAUAAACAAGUUCAUCGGAUCUCUGCUGAAGAAGGUUAUGAAUCAAGAGCUUGCAGUGACUCAGAGGAAUCCUCAGAAGUUGACUCUUCCCUGGAAUACGUCUCAGACAAGCACCCAGUGAAAUUUGACCACAUAAGUCCCCUCUGUGAAGAGGAAGAACAGGAAAUGCUCAGUGAGCAGAAAGACGAGAGCAUCACCCCAACAGAGGCUGAGAAGAGCAUCUGCAACGGAGUCAGCAACAUCACCGACAACACCUCUGAAGGCUCCGAUUCGGCCAACACCGAGAGCCGAGGUUGCAAAACCAGCGGCUCCAGUGACUCCAUGGAUGCCCUCGAAGAGGAUGACUUAGAUGCCUGCUCCUCCAGCAGGCCUGAGUUUUUCCACUUCCAUACAGCCAACUUUAAAGAAAGUUUGGAUAAAAACAAUCCGCCCCCUUCUCUGGACGGCAGGGAGGAAAGGGGACAAAUUGAAACCAGUGGCUUCCUUUGCCUGCUGGACUUAAACCAGAGAGCCAAUGCUGAGCUCCAGAAGACCGAGUUCUCCAACUAUAGAGGCGACCUGAAAUCUAGCCUAGGGAAUGAGCUGCAUGCAUCCACGGUGGACCCCAGGCUUUAUGACGGAAGCAGCAUGGACUACUACAAUCUGUGUUCUAACGUUUCUCCUGCCAGUGUCCUAAGCAACAGCUCAGAGAGCAGUUCUUCUAGGAAUGGGCCAUCGCGGCCUGUUCAGGAGGGGAGCGUCUGGAAAGCUGUUCCAGCCUCAGUGGUAGAAUCCCUUCUUUUAAAUCCUUCUCCAAGUUUUGAAGACACCAGCUCGGAUGAUGAAUUUUAUGAUGCAGCUGAUAAACUGACACCCUCAGAUUCCCUCUCAGAUCACAGCACGGUCCCUACCGAGGAAUGGAGUGAUCUGGGAUGUAAAGUUAAAAAAAGAGAGAACUCAGAGGAAGGCCUGACUCCAAGACCACAUAAAAGAGAGCAUAGCAGAAGAGUGGGGGUGAAGAAAUAUGCAAAGACUCUGAGAAAAAGAAGGUCUUUCUUACAGACUGACUAUACAUCUCAGGUUACCUUUCCUUUGGCUCCAUCAUACUCCCUGGAAAGUGUAGACCACAUGUGCUACUAUGAACGGGAGCCCUACCUUUCCUUUGUCUCUCACUCACCAACUGUGUCAUCGUUACAAGAUAUGCAAGGAGAACCUGGUCUUCUUGAAACAAAGGCCCUUGGACUAUUGACUUCUCCAAGGGAAGCCAAGAGUAAAAACCAUUCCUCGGAUUUAAUGGAAAUGGAACCUGAAACAAUGGAAACCAAAUCAGUUAUUGAUUCCUUUGUUUCUUCCAUUUCAGCAGUUCGCCUUAGGAUUGAUCCAGAAAAUAAAGAAAAUUCUAGUGUUGCCCCUUUGACCACUAGUAGCACUCCAAGCAGUGUCCCCCAUCAUCGCUCUUCAGAUUUGUUUGAACAAAAUGACCGGUCAGAUCCUUCUGAAAAAACCUUUCAACUUCAAGAUGGAAAUGUCAGGGUUUGCAAAGACCAAAUGUCAGAGACUCAGACCUGCCCCUCAGAUCCCUGUAAUGUCCCUCCAGGAACCAAAGACAAUUCAGCAGGCAGCCCAGAACAACAGGAAGUAAGCCAGGGAAUCCCAGGAGUCAAUACAAAACCACAAUUUGAAAUGGGAUUCAGGCAUUUGUUUGAAAACCCAAUACAGGAAACAAUCCAAAAAUGCCUAGAGCCUUUGUUUUCUUCAGGGGACCGACCCAGAAAUAGUGAAUGUGUUAAAAAUUCAGAAGAGGAGGUGCCUCUUUCUGCUAUCACAGACCAAGGAGGGGAACGCCUCAAGCAACCUUCCUUUGGGGGUAGCAAAGAGGCAGGUCUUUCUAUUUGUGACAUCAACCAGAACAGUGGCAUUUUAUUUCAGGAGGAACCCAGGAAGGAUUUGGAUGAUACAGGUAAAACGUCUUUAGCUAAUGUGAGGCUGCCUUUGGAAAUCAACGACUUCUCUGGUGAAAUUGCCCCUCUGCCCAAGUGGCAGGCAUUUGGAACAAAGACUAAUCAAGCAUCACUGUGGCACGAGCAAGAAGGCAGAGAAGCAGCCCACCUCGUUGGUAUAGGCCAAGCCGGCCUCCCCCAAGAGCAGGAGUUAUUAUUGUCAGAGAAGCAUUUAGGCUCGGAUGGCUUUCAUGGGCACCUGUCCGUUCCAAUAGGCUUGCAGACGUUUCAUGAAGGUAGUUCUGUACCAGAGCACCUUGACAAUGAAACGAGGGAAAAGGCGCCUCCUAGUGUCACGCUCCUACCCGUGGAUUUUAAGAAGGGGCAAUCGCCACAGAAUCCACCUUCCUAUCACCUGGGAGAUGCUUUCGGGCAGGGAACAGAUUGCAGUCUAAAGAAACUGAAGUGUCCAAACUAUUUCUCUGCUGCGCGUGGUGAUAUCUUAGAAACGGACAAGGAAAGCCUUAGUAUCGUGCCUCCUUCUUCAAAGAAGCCUCUCCUGUGUUUUGUUCAUAAAAGCAAUCCUACUGUUUCCACGAAUCACAGGUCAGACCGUUCUUUGGAUUUUGCAGGGAUGAAAGACGUAAUCUUACCCAAAAUCGGGAUGGAGCAGUGCAGUUGUCAGUUAGCCUACGCCACUUGUUUCCGUGGCUUGGACCCUGAGGUCGAUGAUGAGAACUCUGAUUUAGAAACGACGCUCUCCUCGGCCCCGCUCACGACUCCCCCUUCCUCAGGAAGCCAGUAUUCUGUGCAUUGGAGACCCGAGCUCACCAGAAGCAACAGCUGCAGCGGCAGUGAGACCCAUCUAAGGAACAACUGCCUCUGGUCUGAGUAUUAUACCAAAAUCGUAAACCAGUUGAAAGCUGGACUAUGCAAAUCCCCAGACGGCUUUUGCCAGCUCCUGGAUCGUGUGGUGGAAUUACAGGAUAUUUUAGAACAGUUUGGGGGGAAUGGGAACAAACACCCCCAAGACAGAUGUGCCUGGUACUUUUCUGAAAACAGGAAUAGCCUCUGUACAGGAUCCCAGAAGCUCAUGUCUAGCUGUCAGCACGUGAUUAAAAUCGACCAGUCCCCUGAAGAAAUGCAGAGCGCUGUGCAAGAAACCUUCCGAAACCUCAUCCAGCUGGUGGGCUUGUGCUUCCAGUUUACAAACUGCGGCCGCUGCGUGAGGACGCACAGAGACGUCAUGGUGAACCUCAGAGACGUUGUUUGCGCCUACUAUCAGUUCGUUCAGGCAGCGAAGCUGACCUGUGAGAAAGGCUAUCGAGAUUUGAGCGUGAAAUUAUUAGCACGCCAGUGCACCGCCCUCACGGCAGCUGUAUUUUGUCUCACCCAGAAGUUCCGGGCAUCCAUGGCCUUGUGAACCUCAUCCCACCAGUUUACUGACUCCUAUCCCAUCUACGUGGGGAUGACCCUAAAAAACAACCCGCACACAUUUACUGUUUAGAGAGUUCUCAAAAUAAACACCUUGAUGUUGAA